AUGCCUGCAGCGCAGAUGAGACUUCCUCACGACAAAGUCGGCCAGCUCGAGGAUCGCAUCAAGGACGAUCCGAAGGGUGACACCGAUGCUUGGCUUUCGCUCAUCAAGCACUACUAUGACAAGACUCAAUAUCAGGGCGCAAGAGAUGUGUACAAGCGUUUCCUCGCUGUCUUUCCAACUGCGGUCUCCAUGUGGGUAAAAUAUAUCCAAAUGGAGAACGAACUAGACGAGCGUGACAACGUUGUGCACAUUCUCGGUGAGUCUGUGAUGACAGUUCCCAGCGUGGAACUUUGGAAACUCUACCUUGAUCAUGUGCGGCGAGCACUCCCUCUCAUCAACGAUGCCGGCGGCAAAAACCGCACCGAAAUUACAAAGGCCUUCGAUGUCACUCUGGAUAACGUUGGCAUCGACCCGGAUGCUGGUAUACUGUGGCGCGAGUACAUUGAUUUCGUGCGAGACGGCCCUGGCAUGGUGGGAGGACAGGACUGGCAGGAUCUUCAAAAGGUGGACCAAUUGAGGAAGGCAUAUCAACGAGCCACCAAACUGCCCCAUUCGGAGUCUGUCAAGCUGUGGAAAGAGUACGAGAACUUUGAGAUGGGUCUGCACAAGGCUACAGGGCGCAAGCAUGUUCAAGAGCAGAGUCCGCACUACAUGCAGGCACGCACAGCGAGAAUGCAGUUGGAACAAAAGCUGGAUGGCCUGGAUCGGAGGUCUAUUCCAGUCCUGCCACCACUGUAUGGAUGUGCGGGCGAGGACGAAUUCGGCAACCAGGUCGAGAAGUGGCGAUCGUGGAUCGAGUGGGAGAAGAAUGAGGAUCCGCUGGUGUUUAAAGGGACCGAGGACGAUGCUUGGCGCAGACGCGUGCUGUACGCUUACAAGCAGGCCACUUUGUUCCUAUGCUUCUACCCGCCGAUCUGGUUCGAGGCUGCAUCAUGGUGCUUCUCGCAAGGAAUCGACUCCUUCACAACUGAAGGCGAGCAAUUUCUCGACAAAGGCAUGGCUACCAAUCCGGAAUCUGUAUUGCUCGCCAUGUCGAAAGCAGACCGCGUCGAAUCCUCGCUCGAGACCGGCAACACCGAAGAGAUCUUGAUCCGCAACGGGGACAAACUCGAUGUGCCCUACGAGCAAGUUCAUACCGCCCUGUAUGCCUUUCGAGGUCGACUCAAGGAAAAGGACGACAAGACGAUCGCUCAGAUCAACGCGCAUUUCGCAAGCUUGUCUCCCGAGGAAGAACCGACGACUGUGCAGGAGGACGAUGAUGACGACCAGCCAAGCAACAAGCCCAAGACUAGAGCCGAGCAGUCGAAGGCAGCAAUCGACUCUGUUAAGCAGGCCUCGGCUGCCCACAUGGACCUCCUCAAGAGGACGAUCUCGUACGUCUGGGUCGCGAAGAUGCGGGCGUUCCGAAGAGUACAGGGUCAAGGCAAACCGCCGAAGAAGGGAGACACAACCUCAAAGGUGGUCAAAGGCUUCCGGGGUAUCUUCGCUGAUGCAAGACCGCGCGGACAGCUGUCAAGUGAUGUCUACAUUGCCUCUGCACUUCUGGAGUGGCGUUGCUACAAGGACCCAUCUGCCAUCAAGAUCUUUGAGCGAGGCAUGAAGUUGUUCCCUCUCGAUGAAGUUUUCAUUCUGGAAUACGUGAAGCACCUCAUCGCUCUCAGCGACAUCACCAACGCCCGUGUCGUUUUCGAGUCAACCAUCCCAAAGAUCGUCAACGCGACAGAUCUCUCACUGGAGCAAAAGAGGGAGAAAUGUCGGCCUCUUAUCGCAUACAUGCACGACUACGAAAGCAAGUACGGUGAUCUGGCCCAGAUUCACAAGAUCGAGAAACGCAUGUCAGAACUGUACCCCGAAGAACCGGAGAUCAGCCGCUUCAGCCAUCGCUUCUCUCUUCCCGACUUCGAUGCCAUGCACGUGCAGCUCGUAUUGAGCCCAACUCAGGCACGACCGAGAGCAUUCGAGCCUCAACAGCAAGCACCACAGCAGGCGCCUGCUACCAGCAUUGAGAACAUGCACAACAGCCCCAGAGGAGCAGCACCCGAAAUCCUCCUUGGACCAAACGGUCCUUACGUCGCCAGCCCGAAGCGUCCUUUGGAAGAUUCCGACAGCGAGCAGCCACAGCGCAAGUUCAUGCGAGGCGAGUCGCCACUCAAAGGUGCCGCUGGCCUGCGAAUGCAGAGCAAGGCCGGUGCAACGAGUGGAGGUGGCUUUGCAACCAAGACGUUCGUGCCCAACAGCGUUUCUGUGCCGUCAGGACCUCCUCCUCUGCCACCGAUGAUCGAGUACGUCCUGCGCUUGAUGCCUGCCGCUCGCGACUACAACCAAGCACGGUUUGAUGCGGUGAAGAUAGCGUAUCUGGUGGCCUCGACUGAUGUGGACUCUGCGAAGGCAGCGUUCAGCAGAGGGGAUUUGCAGCGACGAUAGUUCUGCUGAGAAUUGUAUAUGUGAUGGCGAGCGAAGAUUUGGCGGCGGUCGAUAAAUGGGAGGGAAACGGGACAGAGCUUCUCAAGAUGGCAAGCCCGGUCGUCUUUGGUUCAGACUCCCGAGAGGCAUUGACACGCUCUUCCAGAGGGCAUGGGGCGGCGUUGUCUUCAAGCCUGUGGCUCGGCGGCAUUUGUGUGUACUAUGCGGCUCUCGAAAAGAGGUCCGCCUUGUACUAGUAUAGAUCUUUGCGAGAUCUCGAAUGAAAGACGUUUCAAACACCU